AUGGCGUCCACCACCACCACCACCACCAAUAAUAAUAAUGAAACUCCUGAUGCUCCUCUCGCUCCUGAACAACUCUUAUUCUCGUCUACGGAUUCGGAAACUUUAUCGAAAAACAUCUUAAUGGUUGGCGCCGGUGGCAUCGGAUGCGAGUUGAUAAAAACGCUCGCCUUGACUGGUUUCCGAAACAUUUCCAUCAUAGAUUUGGACACCAUCGAUAUCUCAAACUUAAACCGGCAAUUCUUAUUCCGAAAGAAACACGUCGGGAUGAGCAAAAGUCAAGUGGCGAAAGAGAGCGUGGAGAAAUUCGCGGGCUCGAAACAAACGGGGAUAAACAUUGAAGCGUAUACCGGGAACAUCAAAGAGGAGCGAUUUGGGUUGGAUUUUUUCAAAAAAUUUGACAUCGUGCUGAACGGUUUGGACAAUCUGGAAGCGAGAAGGCACGUCAAUCGGUUGUGCUUAUCCGCGAACGUGCCGUUAGUCGAGUCCGGGACGACUGGGUACAAAGGCCAAGUGACGGUGCACUUGCGAGGGAAGUAUUGUUCCUGUUUCGAGUGCGCGCCGAAACCGGUCCCAAAGUCGUUCCCGAUUUGUACUUUAAGAGAUACGCCGAGCACGUUCGUGCAUACGAUAGUGUUCGCGACGGAUCUGUUGUUUCCGAGAUUGUUCGGGGCGAAUAAAGAGGAUCCGAGCGAUUUAGACGAGGAAGAAGCGCGAGAUGCGUUUACGAGGAAAGAGAACGAGGCCGGGACGGCGUUUGCGAAACGAGUGUUCGCGUACGUCUUUGAGAAGAAAAUCAAAGAUUUGUUAGAGCGAGAAGACAUGUGGGCGAACAGAGAUAAGAAACCGGAGGCUUUGGACUCAGAGACGUUGUUAAAAACAAAAGAAGAACGGACAGCGACGACGGGUUACGGCGAUGCGCAUAAGAAGUGGACGAUGGAGGAAGCGUCGGAGAUUUUUGUUCGGUCCGCCGGGAAGUUGUUUGAAAAAGGCGACCGAAUAAGCGAGUUUGAUAAAGACGACGACGACGCGGUGGCGUUUGUCACCGCUACGGCGCAACUGAGAUGUGCGAAUUAUGGCAUCGAGUACAUGUCUAGAUUUGAUGCGAAAGGUGUGGCCGGGAACAUCGUCCACGCGGUAGCUACGACCAACGCCAUCAUUUCCGGGUUAAUCGUCAUCGAAGCUUUGAAGAUUUUAAAUGCGCAAAAACAUCUCGAUGAAAAAGAAGAAGGAGAGGGCAAAAACGAUAGAUUGAUUAAACUGGCAAACUCUAGAUACACAUUUGUCGGUAAUUUUAACGCCGGACGACAGCUGUUGCAACCGCUCGCGCCAGACGAGCAAAACCCAAAGUGCGUCGUCUGCGCAAACGCUCGCGCCGAAUUGUGUUGCGACAUAUCCAAGACAACCUUAGCCGACGUCAUCUCGAAAGUUUUGAAGAAGAAGUUGAACACGAACGAACCUACGGUUUUGAAAGGCGACGAUAUGUUGCACGAAGAAGGGGAGGAUUUAGACGACGACGAGGUGGAAAACUACGCGAUAAUCGGGAAAAGAACUUUACAAGAUUUAGGCUUGGAGUCUGGCGGUAUUUUAUGCGUCGACGAUAACAGUCAAGAGCUGAAGUUUGACUUGGUCGUCGUGCAUCAGAAUUUGGAAGAGUUUGACGAGGAUGCGUUCCCGGAAGGGUUCGAGUUGAGAGGUGAAACGCCAAAGGUUGCGGAAGGUGCAGAAAAGGAGAAGGAUGAAGACGGAGCGGCGACUGAUGGGGAAGCGAGCGACGAAAUAGAAAUUGUGGAAGAAGGGGUGGAGAUUACGAAAGCGGUUGAAUCGCCGCGUCUCGGUAAAACGAAAGCGAUAGCGUCGUCGCCAUCGCCGGCAUCUAAGAAACGGAAGACGAAGUGA